GAUCAGAUGGAGAAAUAGUGUGAUAAUAUGGCGGAUUUCGACGAAAUAUACGAAGAUGAAGAGGAAACAGAGGCAGCUUUGGAAGAGACAUACGUGACGUUGGUGCCAGACCCUGUUGUAGUCCGUGGAGCUGGCAAUAUGACUGUGUUUGGCCUCAGCAACAGGUUCGACACAGAGUUCCCGAACGGACUGGUGUCACGAGUGGCUCCGGAGGAGUUCAAGGGAACAGUGAUGAGAGUGAAUAGCGUGCUGAAGAAGACGCUCCCAGUGAACGUCAAGUGGUUGUUCUGUGGCUGUGUUUGCUGCUGUUGCACCCUGGGCUGUUCCCUGUGGCCUGUUAUCUGCCUCAGUAAGAGGACCCAGCACUCGAUAGACAAGUUGCUGGAGUGGGAGAACAGCCACUUGUACCACAAGCUGGGACUCCACUGGCGUCUGGCCAAGCAGCGCUGUGACUCCUCCUCCAUGAUGGAAUACGUACUGCUCAUAGAGUUCAUUCCGAAGAUUCCGAUCUACAGGCCUGACUAAUCUGCUGUGCACGAGAUGACAGGCUCACAGCGACUGCCUACUGAACCCCACGUGUGGUGACAGUGUGCUAACAAACUUCGAAACUGUAGUGUGUCAGUGUUGGCCUGCGACAGUCAACUGCGUCUUGACGUCACACAGCAUGCAGCGAAGCAGUUAAAUUGAUGAUUGACGUGAUUUUUACUGGCGUUAGCUUUUCGAAGCUAGCAACUUGCGAAUGAUUGUGUCGUUUAGCUAUGUGUACCUUUGUUCGCCAUCGUGCGAUAAAUGGCCAAUUGUGAGAAGAAUGCAGAAAUAUGUUGUAAUGUUUCGAUCUUGUCCCGAAAGGCUAUAAGUUUGUACAAGUCAAUCCCAAUAUGAGACUUUUCUUGUGAUUGUGAAAACUUACUGAAUUUUGCUCUAACAACAUUGUUUCAACAAUAAAUGCUUGUCAGCAUCUGUUUUAAA